CCAUGGGGACCUGGAUGCUGACGAAGGCUCGCGAGGCUGUGAGCAGCCACAGUGCUCUGCUCAGAAGCCCCGGGUUCGUCAGUCAAGCCGGUUCUCAGUUCGCACUUGGCAGCACGGGCAGGCGAGUGGCUCCUGAUUCCAGGAGCAGAGCAGCAGUGCCCCAGUCCUGGUCCUCCAGCCCUAAGCCUCGCCUGCCCGCCGAGUGCCAGGAUGGCCACCAUCACCUGCACCCGCUUCACGGAAGAGUACCAGCUCUUCGAGGAACUGGGAAAGGGAGCCUUCUCGGUGGUGCGCAGGUGUGUGAAGGUGCUGGCCGGCCAGGAAUAUGCUGCCAAGAUUAUCAACACUAAGAAGCUCUCUGCCAGAGACCACCAGAAGCUGGAGCGUGAAGCGCGCAUCUGCCGGCUCCUGAAGCACCCCAACAUCGUCCGGCUCCAUGACAGCAUCUCUGAGGAGGGACACCACUACCUGAUCUUCGACCUGGUCACAGGAGGUGAGCUGUUUGAAGACAUCGUGGCCCGGGAGUAUUACAGUGAGGCUGAUGCCAGUCACUGUAUCCAGCAGAUCCUGGAGGCCGUGCUGCACUGCCACCAGAUGGGGGUGGUGCACCGGGACCUGAAGCCGGAGAAUCUGUUGCUGGCCUCCAAGCUCAAGGGUGCCGCGGUGAAGCUGGCGGACUUUGGCCUGGCCAUAGAGGUGGAGGGGGAACAGCAGGCAUGGUUUGGGUUCGCAGGGACUCCUGGAUACCUCUCCCCAGAAGUGCUGCGGAAGGACCCGUACGGGAAGCCUGUGGACCUGUGGGCCUGCGGGGUCAUUCUCUACAUCCUACUGGUUGGCUAUCCCCCAUUUUGGGAUGAGGACCAGCACCGCCUGUACCAGCAGAUCAAAGCCGGCGCCUAUGAUUUUCCAUCACCAGAAUGGGACACCGUCACCCCAGAAGCAAAAGAUCUGAUCAACAAGAUGCUGACCAUCAACCCGUCCAAACGUAUCACGGCCGCUGAGGCCCUCAAGCACCCCUGGAUCUCGCACCGGUCCACCGUGGCCUCCUGCAUGCACAGACAGGAGACCGUGGACUGCCUGAAGAAGUUCAACGCCAGGAGAAAACUGAAGGGAGCCAUCCUCACCACUAUGCUGGCCACCAGGAACUUCUCUGGGGGGAAGAGUGGAGGAAACAAGAAGAACGAUGGUGUGAAGAAAAGAAAGUCCAGUUCCAGCGUUCAGUUAAUGGAAUCUUCCGAGAGCACCAACACGACCAUUGAGGAUGAAGACACCAAAGUGCGGAAACAGGAAAUUAUAAAAGUGACAGAGCAGCUGAUUGAAGCCAUAAGCAAUGGAGAUUUUGAGUCCUACACGAAGAUGUGUGACCCCGGGAUGACAGCCUUCGAACCCGAGGCCCUGGGGAACCUGGUCGAGGGCCUGGACUUCCAUCGAUUCUAUUUUGAAAACCUGUGGUCCCGGAACAGCAAGCCUGUGCACACCACCAUCCUGAACCCCCACAUCCACCUGAUGGGCGACGAGUCAGCCUGCAUCGCCUACAUCCGCAUCACGCAGUACCUGGAUGCAGGCGGCAUCCCUCGCACUGCGCAGUCGGAGGAGACCCGCGUGUGGCACCGCCGAGAUGGCAAAUGGCAGAUUGUCCACUUCCACAGAUCUGGGGCGCCCUCCGUCCUGCCCCACUGAAGGACCAGGCUGGGGGCACCGUACCGCAGAGAUCCACUCUUUGUCCGUGGAAUGUGGCUGCUGGUUCUUCCACUUGGAUUUUGCUGGAAUUCCCUCAAUCACACCAUCCCGCUGCCAUCACUGUCACCUUCAUACCUGUGUCAAGAAAACCUGCCUGUUUGCAAAAGCUAUCACGACUUCAGAGCAAAUGGCCACAUCUCCCCAUCCCCACCUGUCACUCUCGCUCUCUGUCCUCGGCCAGGGAGGGGCUUCCUCAGGCCCAGGUGCCCGGGGUGCCAGCCCCUGGACCCCCCUCCCAGCUGCCGUUGGCCUGGUCUUGCCUUGGCUGUAGGCCCGAGCGCCCAGCUGUGUGUUCCCUCAGGGGCUGGGGAGGAGGGGCGCAGUCAGGAGGAAUGUGGCAUCUGCCUGGCCGUCUCCCUGAUCUCUCCUCUUCCGAGGCCUCCCAGGGAAGGGCAGAUGAAGCCCCAACUCCCAGAGCCAACCUCCCCUGUGGGAGAGGGCGAGAGAGGAGCAGACGCCAGGAGCCUCCUGCCUCAAACUGCCUUCCUAGCUCUUCUCCCAUCCUGUCCUGCCCUCCUGGUCUGCAGCUGACCCUCCUCCCUCAGUGUGGGGGGGCGCGAUCCUCUCAGGGUGCCCCCAUUUCUUUCCUCCUUCUGCUGAUGUCCCCUCCAGCACUAACCGCCCCUUCCACCCUUCCAUCAGGCCCGGGGAAUUCCAGCUUCGUCACAUCCGAGGAGAGAAUCUGAUUGCUUUUUGGGGGCAAAAGAAAACAACGUUUAGGUAUCACUUCUACUUGGACCGCAUGCCUUUUUAUAGCCAAACUUCUGUGUGUUUCGUAAAUGGAUUUCACGUUAAUGGAUAUUUAUGUAAUAACUAGACCUCUCAGAUUAUUGUGAGAAUGGUUGGGUUGGGAAGGAAAGUGGGAAGAGGUUGAGGGGUAGUUUUUUCUGUUCAAGGUCUUUUUGUUUUUUUCUUUCUUUCUUUCUUUCCUUUUUUUUUUUGGUCAUCUCUGAGAUGGACUUUGUCACUUGUGGUUAUCUGGGGCGGAGGUGGACUCAGCCCCGGGGAAAGGAUCUCUCUGACAUUUCAGACCCAAGUUUCCCUUCAGGACUGGAGAAGCAUCACAUGGUAGUGCUGACGAAGAAACAGCAAAUCAGGGCAGAGAGAGUAGGGGAGGUUGUCAGGAUGGCAGUGUCUAGGCUUUUCCUUGCUUGCCUCCCAAACCGGGGUCCUUACUACCAUGCUUCCCAGGAUUUCCUCCCACCACAUCUGUGUACCACCCCUGGCGCCCCCCACCCACCCACCUCUGAGGGGUUCACGAGCAUGUGUCUUCAUGCGGGUCCAAAAAGAGCGCUGCAAUUUCUACUCUUCACACCUCCUCCUGCAGUCGUGGGUUCAUAUCUUUCUUUUCCUUUCUCUUUCCCUCUUCCCUUGGGAAUUGACUCUGAUGUGGAAUGCCUUGGCACGUCCACUAGGAUCUACUGUCUGCACUGUUUUCUUUGCAUGACUUUAUAUGCAGUAAGUAUGUUGAAAAAAAAAAGAAAAGAGGAAAAAACACUCAGCAAAAUCAAUCUACAUGUUUUGGACAAAAAAAAAAAGAGGUUGUAUUCUCAGUGUCCGACUCGGAAUUAUGUUGCUGCCUCUCUGUGCUUUUGGCCUCUGUGUGGCCGUGUUUUGCCAGCAUGAGAUACUGUCCCCUCUUGGAGGAUUUUAGGGGAGGAAGAGCCACAUCCCCAGGGAUUUGGAGGAGGCUCUGGUUCCCCCAAACCCCUGGGGAAUCCUGGGUGUUGAGUGGAGCAGGACUGAUGUGGGUGUUUGACCCAGGACUUUCUGAGUUUUUCCCGAUCACAAGCUGUCUGCUGGGCUCAUUCUGUCGGCAAGGGCUGCUGCCCCCGGUACAGGUGAGGCAGGCUGGGCGGGGGCUACAGGCCAGGAGAGAGGCUGCCCAGCCCUCCUGGUCUCCAAACUGGUCGAUCACUGGCCUCCACCCUUGGCAGAGACCCUACUGCCGAGGCCCAGGGUGGGCACUUGACCUGCCCCAGGUCCAGAGGGCUUCCCAGUAAGGCCCAGUGAUCCCAGCAUCCCAGCAGCAAAACCACCUGCCUCCCUUGUGAGCUGCCAGCUCCCACAGCCAUCCCCAAGCCAAAGGUGAGGGGCUGCUGCUAUUACCAAGGCAAAGUCUGGUCCUUCUUCAGCCUCAGUUUCCCCUCCCCUCCGUUCAAAGGGUUAAAUGUUCCCGCCCAGCCUAUGUUGCAGGGGUGCUGGGGUGGGGAUCAAAUAAGAUGGUGAGGUGAAGCCCAGUACGCCCAUGAGAACCAACAGGGUGAGUCACUGGCUGGUCUUCCAUUCCUCUCUGGGCCUGUCCAGUCCCCCUGCCCUCCCCCGCCCACCCCUCAUCCCCCUCUUUGGUGCCUGUCCGCUGCUGAUUCGCAGUGGACUGUGGGGGAAAGAGCCAUGGUUUGGGGGUUAUUAGGAUUCCAUUCGCAUCUCUGAUCAGACUCACUCUGUGACUUUGGGCAGGUCCUUUCCUUGCUCUGGCCCUCGGUUCCCCACCAGAGGAAGCUGAGCUAGAGGACACCAAAGUCCUGCCUUUUACCUGCUGACACACUUCCUGUCCACUGUGCCCCUCUCUGGGUACCAGAGAAGGAGAGGCCAGUCCCUACUCCAGGCCAAGAUGGCCCCACUGCAAAGGCCACACCUGUGGGUGGGCAGUCAGCUGGUGUAGACGCCAGGGCACCAGCGUGAUCCUGAGGCAGCCGGCAGGGGAGACUGGCAGACAAAGUGGCCCAGAGCCGACCCCCCACCAGACAGUCAGACAUCCUAUAGAUGCAAAAAAUCCAGCCCUAAGACAAGUCCCAGGCUCCAGCAUGCAAACGCGUUAACGGGAAAGCAUUCUCCCGGACGUGCGCCCAGCGAGCGCUGACCCUGACCCCUGGCCUCCUGUCUCCCUUCAAGGGGAGACCCCUUAGGGGAUGUAUUUGCCAGACUCCCCGUGCUGGUUUCUUUGUUACUAUUUGUUUGGGGGUUUGUUUCAAUUCUCUCUUUUCUUUUUUUAAAAAAUCUGUGGCUGUGAACUUGAAUGACCACUGCUCAAACUUUCUGCUAUUGUGGGCUUGGGGGUGGGAAGAAGGGGUGUCUGUUUUAUUCUUGGUGUUUUCAGUGCAAUAAAUAGCUACAAACUUC